AUGCAGGAUCACGACGCAGAGGCGCUGGAGGAGGCACUGGCGUUUCUCACAGACCACGGAACAUCAGCCGAGUGGAUAUUAGACGAGGAUGCGAUGACGAGCCUAGCAGAAAUAAGUUGUGACGACUACAUUGGCAACUUGCUGGAUGAUGGAGACCUGAUUGACCUAGAGCUGCCGACACUAAGAGAGCAAACUUUUCCGGACACACCGGACAAUUUCUCGCAAAAGGACACCAUCACCAGCGAACAGUCUUCAAUCACCUAUGUGACGUCUGACAACAGGCGAUGCUUCUCAUCGGAUAGUCACAUCACCUUCUCGAGCAACCCAGCGCAACACCUUCAACAUACAAAAGAGACUGAGCGAGUGCAAAAGUACUCGAAUCGUUCACGAGAUGCGCGUCGGGCAGAACUGGUGCAUCUCCGUCAAAAGGUUAAAGACUUGCAGCUACAACUUGACCAGAUAUUCGACACGCACACACCGCAGACUAUAUCGGCCUCGUUUUCAUCCGUUGCGGCGCCGCCAUUAGCCACGGAGCCGAAAGAUGUGAUAGUAACUGACAGGCUUACAGCUAUGCUCGAGGCAAAACGGUCGACUAGUAAACUACCCGUAGCUUUUUCUUGUGUUGCAGCUCCUGACGCGUCGUCAGCUCACUCGGCCGCGGUAUGGUGGGACAUGGCACAGCAACAAGCGUUUGAACGACAAAAGGUGGAGCGUGAGAACGUGCGACUGAAAGUGGCAUUGGAAAAGCAGACCAAGGUGCUCAAGUGUCUAACGCGUGCUCUUAGAGAGCGUCAACACAAAAAGGAACGGUAUAAUGGCUUUUGCACACAGUAG